AUGGCUGCCUUUGGGUCCCGCCUCGCCAAGGAUGGCGGAGAGCAAGCAGGGUGGCGUCGGGCCACCGUGGAGGAUAAGUUGCCGACCCCGAAGCUUGGGGAAACCGCCAAGGAGGAGCUCCCACCCAGGGGCAGGGCGUGGGCCAUAGCGGACCGGUGGGACGUGGCGACGGUGUCCGGGCGCAUCCAGGCCCAGGGCCGAUCGACAAAAGUAAUCACAACAACACUACUCCAGGAAUGCCUAGCAGUGGUGGGUGAGAAAAGCCCGACAGUGGCGGGCAAGGCUGUCAGGGCCGGCUGCCACUGGCUUCACGACAAUGCUAUAAACCCAUCAGUGGCGGACGCUGGCCUGCCACUGUUUUCAGUGUCGGGCCUUCUCACCUGCCCGCCACAACUUGUUUCUAUUGCCCGCCACAACUGCCACAUUAGCUCUUGCAGUUCAGAUGUUCUAUCUACAUCAUCUAUUGAAAAUUGUGCGAGUGUGAACAAGUAUGAUAUGGAUGGUAUAGAUAAACUAUUCCAGCUGAAGUACCUGAGCCUUAGGGGCACUUACAUAUCGAAGCUACCACCAGGAAUUGUGAGGCUAUAUGGUCUAGAGACCCUAGAUCUUAGAGAUACAUAUAUAAAAGAAUUACCCAUUGGAAUUAUUGAGCUCGUUAGGCUACAUCAUCUGCUCAUUGAAAGAUCUUAUGGGAACUCUUACGGUCAAACAAGUAUACCAAAUGGGAUUGGAAAUAUGAGAAAUUUACAGGUGAUCUCGGGCUUGAAUAUUAUCAAGAGUUCGUUAUGUGCAGUUAAGGAACUAGGGAAUCUGACUGGUUUGGAAGAACUCCAUCUACAAUUGGACGGUCAAGGAUCUCAGGAAUACAAGAAGCAUGAAGAGAUGUUACUCUCCUCACUAUGCAAGCUUGGCACCUGCAAACUUCAGUCUUUACGGAUACGCUCAACUGGUUCAACACCCCUCCAGUUCUUAGAUUCUUGGUCCCCUCUGCCAUGCAACCUCCAACUAUUUGAGAUGAUCACCGAGUAUGAUCUACCAGAGAUGCCAAAGUGGAUUUUACCAGCACUCACCAAUCUUGCAUACCUGCACAUUAAUUUUUUUGAAGCAACAGAGGAGCAUCUGGAGAUACUUGGAGAACUGCCUGCCUUACUUCGCCUUGGUAUAUCAUUCAGAACUAUCCAAAAAGAAAGGCUUACAGUAAAUGGCGCUGGAUUCCCGUGUUUGAAGGAAUUGUAUAUUAUUCGUGCUACUGCUAACCAUUGGGAAAGUGCAAUUUACUUGACAUUUGAAGAAGGAGCACUGCCAAAGCUGGAGAAGCUUGAGUUGCCGUUCUCAGUUUCAGCGGCAGAAGCCUAUGGAUUCUACUUGGGUCUUGGCCACCUCCCAUGUCUGAGAGAGGCCAAAGUUACUCUUUGCAAUCAUGUUGAAAUAUCAUACAAAAGCAACUGUGAUGCAGCUGUCGCUAUAAGGAACGAGGCAAAAAGCCAUCCCAAUCAUCCCAGGUUAUCUAUCAUGGGCGAACAGAAGCGAGCUACACCGAAGAAAUGUGACAUGCUCUCCCUUCAUAUAUUUAGGGGUAGGGAAUCUUCUACUGAAUGCAAGCGCGUGAUGGUGUGCUGCUGGCUUGUUUAG